AUGGUAGAUCUCGGUCUUAGGGCUUCCGGGUACAUGUACCCGGCUCUACAAAAAGCGUCCGAAAUUUGCUUCUCCGCUUCCGCUUCACAAUAGAAAUGCGUGUCGUUCAGUAUCCACCUUUUGCCUCCGAAGUCCAAAACCAACUUGUCACUUGAAAAGCGAAUUCCCAGUUACUUAUUUCGCGCUUUAUUCAACUAGCCGGCGAACCUGCACGGGGCUCACACUCGACAAUCUGGCGUUCGCACGAUCCUUGAACAGCCUGAAGGAUCCACUUCGACUACUACUAGCCAACGCCAGACGACACCCCAUCCAUUCCUGCCGACAGAACAAACUACAAUCCAAUAUGGCCCGACCAUUCCGGUUUGCUGAUGUAUGUUUUUUGUCUCUCCGAAUCGCUCUUCAUCUCUAGUUGAUAUUGACUUCCGAUACAGGUUGCCGUGACUUUCACCGCAGACCAAUUCCAAGGCAUCUACCGCGGCAAGAAGUACCAUGAGUCUGAUUUCCCGGAGGUGCUGAAACGCGCGCAAGACUAUGGCUGCGAAAAGAUCAUGCUCACCACCAUGACCCUUGCGGGCGCGCACCAGAACCUGGAAGUAGUAAGGGAGUUUCCGAACAUGUGCACAUUGACCUUAGGCGUGCAUCCGUACCACGCGGGGGAGCUUUACGACGCGCCAGAUGGAGAAGGAGGGAAAGAUGCAUUGAAGGCGCUCGAAGACCUCGGCCGGACACUUCUGGCCGAGGACCCGUCGCCGCUCGUCGCGUUCGGGGAAAUCGGGCUCGACUAUGAGUAUCUGGACCGUGCGAAUAAAGAAUCGCAGAAGCGGGCUUUUCGCGAUCAGCUCGAGAUGGCGACGAGGUUUGAACUGCCGCUCUUCUUGCAUGUGCGUGAAUCGUGUGCCGAUUUUGUGGAUAUCAUCCGUCCGUACCUGUCGAGACUUCCGCGCGGAGGCCUGGUUCAUUCGUUUACCGGCUCGAGGGAGGAGAUGCAUCAGCUGGUGGACCUGGGGUUGGAUAUUAGUGUGAAUGGGGUUUGUUUUCGGACUGAGGAGCAAUUGGAUAUGGUGCGCCAUAUUCCCUUGGAACGGUUGCAUUUGGAAACCGAUGCCCCUUGGUGCGAGGUGCUCGGCAACGAUCCAAAAAUCGCCCCGUAUCUGGCAGAUGCGAGACCGUUGCCGGCGUCUCGGAAACAUAACAAGUUCGUGGCCGGCCAGAUGGUCAAGACGCGCAAUGAGAGCUGCACGAUUGAACGAGUGGCCCUGGUUGUGGCUGGGUUGAAGGGCAUUCCGGUGGAAGAUGUGGCCAGGGCAGCGUGGGAUAACAGCGUCCGGAUGUUUGGGUUGGGCGUUCGUGAAGGUUAGGGCUGUAAAGAGAAAGAUAGACGCUGAAAUUAGAGUUCUUCAUGUUGAUAUAGACACGGGCCUAAAUACCGUUGUUUAGCUUGCCCUAGAAUGUAGAAAAUAGAAUCCCUGGAAUGAUGGAACAAAAAGAAAAGCUGAUUCCAGUUCCGGAUCGAUUUCGAUCAG